AUGACAGCGUAUCGGCCUGUGCAUGAGAGCUGCGACGUGGGGGGCCUGGACCCCACAGGGGGCGGUUACUCUUCUCCAGGAUCCUGGGCCCAGAAUGGCUGCACCCCACAUGCGGAUGAUGCAUCUCCUUUGCGGCCAGCCACCACCACGCCUGCCAUGCCAAAAAUGGGGGUGCGGGCCCGGAUUGCCGACUGGCCCCCCAAAAGAGAAGGGCUGAAGGAUCCAGCCAUCCCCAGUGCUGCCAAGGCCCCAGAGGCCCCGUGCCCCAUGCAGUGGGAGCUUCAGAACGGGCAGCCGCCCAGGGAGGCAGCCUUCCCCUCAGGGCCGAGGGCUUCCCGGCGCCUGGCUCGGAGGAGGUCCAAGGACACCGAGUUCCAGGACGGGUGGCCGUGCUCUCCUGGUAGGGCAUUCCUGGCGCUGAGGAACAGGAGUAGCAGCGAGGUCACCCUGAGCGAGUGCGACCUGGAAACCGCGAUGGAGCCCCGGGGAAACCGACUGGCUGGUGGCCUGCCCCUCUUCCGCGAGUAUGGCAGCACAUCCUCCAUUGAUGUGCAGGGCCUCUCUGAGCAGAGCUUCUAUGAGAUGCUUAAGGAGUUCCAGAGUGGGAAGUUGGUGGCUGGGCAGCGGCAGCGGCUGGUGGAUUCCUUCCACACCGCCAGGAGCGCCAAGGCAGAGGCCCGAGCAGAACCAGGGCUGCCCCUUCACCCCAAGGAGAAGCCCCGCAAGAAGGGCCUCCGAGGAGAGGGGAGCGGGGGGGACUCCAUCUUCCGGAAGCUGCGGAGUGGCCGGGCGGAAGGCGAAUGCAGCAGGGCCCCAGGGGAGGUGGAGGAGGUAGGCCGGGGCUGGCUGUGCCCAAAGAGCCUGGCCCACUACGACGUCCAGAGCCUGCUCUUUGACCUGAACGAGGUGGUGGUGGCCAGGCGGGUCUGUGUGGCACAGCGGAAGAACACCACCACUGGGGCUUCGGCUGCCUCCGCUGGCUCAGCUGCUGCCACCUGUGGACUGGCCAACCUGGACCCGCCCAGCACCUUCUUCAGCCCUGAGGACCUGAACUCCAAGGAGAAUCUGGAGCACGACCCAGGGGACAACAACAGCAACAGUCUGCUACUCAGCUGUCCUCACUUCCGCAAUGAGAUUGGGGGCGAGGGAGAGCGCAACAUCAGUUUUUCACCUGCCUCUGUAGGUAGCUGUGGGGAAGGGGCCUUUGCGGAGAUGGCCCCUGCCCCUUACUGCACAAAUGCCAGCAUCUCUGUGCUGGAGACGCCCCAAGAGCUGCAGUGCAGCCUCACCCGGUUGAAGCACUACAGCAUCGAGCACGUGGACCUGGGCGCCCGGUACUACCGGGACUACUUCUCUGGCAAAGAACAUUUUAACUACUUUGGGGUGGAUGAGAAGCUGGGCCCCGUGGCUGUCAGCAUCAGGCGUGAGAAGCUGGAGGACCAUCGGGAUUUCGGGCCUCAGUACCAGUACAGGAUUAUCUUUCGCACCAGCGAGUUGACCACCCUCCGUGGUGCCAUCCUAGAAGACGCAACGCCCACCACCACCAAGCACGGCACUGUCCGUGGCAUCCCCCUGAAGGACGUGCUGGAGCAUGUGGUCCCUGAGCUGAACACGCACUGCCUGCGCCUGGCCCUGAGUGUCCCCCAAGUCUCUGAGCAGCUGCGGAAGCUGGACGAGCAAGGACUCUGCCGGAAGCACAAGGUGGGCGUCCUGUACUGCAAGGCCGGCCAGAGCUCGGAGGAGGAGAUGUACAACAACGAGGAGGCUGGGCCGGCCUUUGAGGAGUUCCUGGCCCUGCUGGGGGAGAAGGUCUGCCUGAGGGGCUUCGGCAAGUACGCCGCGCAGCUGGAUACCAAAACCGACUCCACCGGCACCCACUCCCUCUACACGACCUACCAGGGCUACGAGAUCAUGUUCCACGUCUCCACGAUGCUCCCCUACACCUCCAACAAUAGGCAGCAGCUGCUGCGGAAGAGGCACAUCGGAAACGACAUCGUCACCGUCAUCUUCCAGGAGCCAGGGGCCUUGCCCUUCACCCCCCAGAAUGUCCGCUCUCAUUUCCAGCAUGUCUUCAUCAUCGUCUGUGCCCAGAAUCCCUGCACGGAGAGUGUCUGCUACAGCGUGGCAGUGACCCGCUCCAAGGAUGUGCCCCCCUUUGGGCCGGCCAUCCCCAGUCAGGCCGCCUUCCACAAGUCGGACGUCUUCCGAGAUUUCCUGCUUGCCAAGGUGAUCAACGCCGAGAACGCUGCCCACAAGUCAGACAAGUUCCACACCAUGGCCACACGCACGCGGCACGAGUACCUGAAGGAUUUGGCUGAGAACAGCGUCACCAGCACCCCCAUCGACUCCUCGGGGAAGUUCAACCUGAUCUCGUUGGCCUCUAAGAAGAGGGAGAAGACGAGGGCGCGUGCUGGGGCUGAGCAGCAGAGUGCAGGGGCCAUCGUGUGGCGCGUUCUGGCUCAGGACUACUUGCAGGGAAUGGAGAUUGAGUGCCUGCUGGGCAUCUCCAACGAGUUCGUGGUCCUCCUGGACCUGGCCACCAAGGAAGUGGUCUUCAACUGCUUCUGCGUGGAUGUGAUUGGCUGGACGCCAGAUAGCUGCAACCUCAAAAUUUUUUAUGGACGUGGGGACCAUAUUUUUGUCCGGGCCCGAGAGAAUAAUCCUGAAGAUGUUAAAGAGAUUGUGCAGAGGCUGAAGGUCAUGACCUCUGGUGCUGAGACAGUGGAGAUGACCCUCCGGAGGAAUGGGCUGGGGCAGCUGGGUUUCCAUGUGAAGUUUGACGGGACGGUGGCUGAAGUGGAGGACUACGGCUUCGCCUGGCAGGCGGGGCUGCGGCAGGGCAGCCGUCUGGUGGAGAUCUGCAAGGUGGCCGUGGUUACCCUCAGCCACGACCAGAUGGUCGACUGGCUGCGCACCUCGGUCACCGUGAAAGUGGUGGUGAUUCCACCACAUGAGGAUGGUGUUCCACGCAGGGGAUGGGCCGAGUCCCUGAAGGUGAGCUUGAUGGAGUCCAGGGGAGAACCCGAAAGCCUGCCAGGGGGCUACCGGCCUCCAUACCGCAACUCAGCCUGGCAGUGGAGCGGCUCCGCCACCCACGGCUCCUCUCAGCCUUCCAAGUGGGCUGAGCAGCCGGGGCCUGGCCAGUCCCAGUCCCUCACCAGGACCCCAAAGCAGAGUGCCCUUACCCCUUACCGCCAGCCCCAGCCCCUGCAUGGCAAAAGGCCUGCCAGCUUCCCAGAGACCCCCCGUGUCGCCUCCUCCUCCUCCCAGAGUGGCACAGAGAAGACCCAGCCGUAUCGGCAGCCCUCGGGCAGUUUCUCUGUUCCGGGCUCUUCGGGAGGACCCUUCGCCUGGUACAAGCUCUCGCCGGACAAUUCUGUGCACAGAUAUGUGGUCCCCUUGAGGCCUCCGGGGCCUUUUGAGCCGCCCUGCCCCUCCGAAGCGACCUCAAACGGGGACUCCUCUUCGUCCGGCAGGGGGCUGGCCAGCCAGGAAGGCACCAUGGAGAGGCCCAAGCCUGAGCUGCUGUGGCACAUGCCGGGGCCCUCCGGAUUCUCAGCGGCUUCUGGGAACAAGCGGCCAGGCCAGUGGGAGCUGCCUGGCAAGGACUCCCCAGAGCAGCCCCCCAAGGGCGAGGGGCAGACGUCCAGCAGCAACACGCUCUCCAGCACGGCCUCCAGCAGCGCCCACAGCGAUGACCCGGCCGAUCCCGCUGACAGUGCGGCUGAGCGCUGGGCCAAGGGCGGCGUCUCCAGCAAUGGCGGCAUCGAUGCGAGCAGUGCCACAUCUGUCCGGCGCGACCGAGUGCCCGUGUCCUCGCCUCUCUUUGGCCCCGCCCUCCCUGAAGGCCAUGGCAAGAGGGCAGAGGCGGCCUGGCCUGCCGGCCAUUUGGGCAGACGGAGCUGGAAUUACUGCCCCAGGGCCUUCGGUAGAGGAGUUGGCGGCCCCACCAGGGGGGGCAACAACAGCGCCCCAGAGCCUUUCUGGCAGGCCAGCCACCCGCAGACUGACUGUUUCUCUUUCAGCCCCGGAGCCCCCAGGGCCACGUACCCCAUCCAGGUCUACAAGACCCCCUCCGCAGACAGCUCCCAGGCGGCUCCCGGGUCUCAGGCGAGCUCCUCCCAGCUCUCGGCUUCUGUGCCCAAGUCCUUCUUCUCCAGGCAGAGUGGCCGGAGCACCAGGCCUCUGCCUGCCGGGUGGAAGAAGAGCCCGGAGGCUUCAGCCCGGCCAGCCCCCUUCGCAGAGCCCCAGAAGCAGGUUGACCUGAGCACCAAGAACGUCUUUGGGCAGCCUCGCCUGCGGGCUUCUCUGCGGGACCUUCGCUCCCCACGCAAGGCCUACAAGUCGACCAUCGAGGAUGACCUGAAGAAGCUGAUCAUCAUGGACUCCACUGGCCUGGAGCAGGACGACGAGCUGACCCCCCAGAAAACACUCCAGCGGACCCUCUCGGAUGAAAGCCUGUGCAGCGGCCGGCGAGACCCCUCCUUUGCCAGCAGCGCCUGCUUCGAGCAGCCCCUCUCCAGCGACAUGCUCUUCACCAGCACCCUCCCUGUGCGGAGGCCGGCCAGCAGCGGCCGGGGGUGCUCCUUGGAGAAGGCCACCAUCUCGGCCUCUGAGCUCUCCCUGACCGAGGUGCGCGACCAGCCCCUGCGGCGCCUUGACCCGGCCCUGAUGCCCCUGCCGGACACAGCUGCAGGCCUGGAAUGGUCCAGCUUGGUCAGUGCCGCGAAAGCCUAUGAAGUGCAGAGAGCUGUCUCCCUCUUCUCCCUCCAUGAGACCAUGUUGAGCCCAGAUGUGCAACCGGCUGGCAGCCCCAGCCUUGGGCACCUGAGCCUGGAGAGGCAGCCAGCGCCACACACUGCUCCUGUCUUAAGCCAGCAGCGCCCACCAGACGAUCUGACAGGCAAGGUCUCCCAGCUGGAAGCCAUGUUGAAGCAGUUGCACAGCGACCUGCAGAAAGAGAAGCAGGACAAGGUGGUGCUGCAGGCAGAAGUGGCCACGCUCAGGCAGAACAACCAGCGGCUGCAGGAGGAGUCCCAGCACGCCAACCAGCGGCUCCGCAAGUUCGCCGAGAUCUUCUCCAGCGCCGUCGACAAGGAGGAGCUGUGA